UUGCAUGUUACAGCAGGAGCAGAUUUCCUACUCGCCCCGGAGAGCCCGGGGCCAAACUGUGCCACGCAAUCCCCCUCCUUUCUCCAUGUCUCGGGGCCACAAGCUUACAAAAUGGAAGAGGAGCCCGUCAGGCUGCCAGCGCACCUGCGUCUCCCUCCUUCACAGUGGUUGCGGGAGGAUGUGUGUCAGUGGCUGCGUUGGGCAGAGCAUGAAUUCUCCCUUCACCACAUCGAGAAUAACACCUUCGAGAUGAACGGGAAAGCACUACUUCUCUUGACGAAGGAAGACUUCCGAUACCGCUGUCCGCACUCAGGUGACGUGUUGUACGAGGUUCUACAGCAAAUCCUGCGUCAUCGCAAACUGCGAGCGGUGCACCCAUCUGUUUUUCACACUGGAAAUUCUCUGCAUGGUCAGCCUGAGCUAAUGAUUGCCCACAACCACCAAGAAGACCAUAUCCAACACCGACCUCCAAGGGCCCACUCUGAAGUCCUUCCACAGAACACCCCAACUAUUGAGCUACGACAUCGAUCUCUAUCCCCUAUCCCCACUAACCACCAUGCCUCACCAGAUCCUGAACCUCGCCCACUCCGCUCACCACUGGAGAGCAGUGUACGCCGCCCCUCCCCUGCAGAACGUCUCCACCGCCUGCAGAAUGAAACCAACCACCACAAUCAUGAUACCUACCCUUUAUCUGUGUCCCCGGCUGAAGCCAAUCAUUGCCCCGCUGAAACGCAGCCAAAACCAAGCAGCCCACGGCAGGAAAACCCACGGGUUAUUCAGCUAAUGCCUAGUCCCAUCAUGCACCCCCUGCUUCUUAACCCACGCCACACCUUGGAGUUCAAACAGCCACGACUGGGCAUGGAAGAUGGUCCACAAAGAGAAGGGAAGCCUAUGAAUUUAUCACACCGUGAGGAGAUGGCAUUCAUGAAUCAUUUGAUGGUGUCCAUGUCUCCACCUGAGGGACAGUCCAUGCCUAUAGGGAGAAUAGCUGACUGUCGGCUACUCUGGGAUUAUGUGUACCAGCUCCUGUCUGACACCAGAUACGAGAACUUCAUCCGCUGGGAAGAUAAAGAGUCGAUGAUCUUCCGAAUCAUGGACCCCAAUGGCCUGGCGAGAUUGUGGGGGAAUCAUAAGAACAGAACGAACAUGACGUAUGAAAAAAUGUCAAGGGCACUCCGCCAUUACUACAAACUAAACAUAAUUCGCAAGGAGCCAGGACAGAGGUUACUGUUCAGGUAA